GCCCCAUUGACGUUGGCCACGCCCCGCGCAUGCGCAGUUCCCGCCAUGGCGCCGCUCCCAGUCCAUGUCCUUUACUGCGGAGCCUGAGGCUACAAACCCAAGUUUGAGAAGCUGAAGCUGGAGCUGGAGCGGCGCUUCCCGGGAGCCCUGGACGUGCGCGGCCAGGGCACCCCGGAAGUGACCGGCUGGUUUGAGGUGACCGUGGGGGGACACCUGGUCCACUCCAAAAAGAACGGCGAUGGCUUCGUGGACAGCGACUCCAAACUGCGCCGGAUCGUCGCCGCCAUCGAGGCCCGCCUGGCCUAGGCCCCGCUAGGGGGGGCUCUGUCGCGACAUGGCGCGAUAUCGCACGAAAAUAUCGCGAUAUAGCCUGAAAUAUCGCGAUAUAUCGCAGGAUGCCGUGAGAUAUCACGAUAUAUCGCUUGAUACCUAACGAUAUCAUGAGAUAUCGCGCGAUAUCGCACGGAAAUAUCGCGGUAUAUCCUGAAAUAUCGUGGUAUAUCCAUAAAUA